CGCACCAAGGACGAACAGCAACAGUCAGAGAACAACAACAACAAUCACAGGAAUAAAGGAGGAAUGCAUGGGAAGCUGAAGGAUCAAGAUACAAUUUAAGACACCAUCCUCAGCUCACUUUACGGCUUUUUCCACUUCAGUAGUUACUUGUAAAUGGUGCUGAGCCCAUGAACCUGGCGAGUCAGAGCGGGGAGGCCGGCUGCAGCCAGCUUCUCUUCGCCAACUUUAACCAGGACAACACGUCCUUGGCCGUUGGCACCAAAUCUGGCUAUAAGUUUUUCUCAUUGUCUUCAGUCGACAAAUUGGAACAGAUAUAUGAAUGUACUGACACAGAAGAUGUGUGCAUCGUGGAAAGGCUAUUCUCCAGCAGCCUGGUUGCUAUUGUUAGCCUCAAAGCACCCAGAAAGCUGAAAGUUUGCCACUUCAAGAAAGGGACUGAGAUAUGUAACUACAGCUACUCCAACACUAUACUGGCAGUGAAGCUCAACAGACAGAGAUUGAUAGUAUGCCUGGAAGAGUCACUGUACAUCCACAACAUCAGGGAUAUGAAAGUACUGCACACCAUUCGGGAAACUCCUCCAAAUCCAUCAGGGUUGUGUGCACUAUCCAUCAGCAAUGACAACUGCUACUUGGCCUACCCUGGCAGUGCGACAAUAGGAGAAGUUCAGGUCUUUGACACAAUCAACCUGAGGGCUGCUAAUAUGAUACCCGCUCAUGAUAGUCCUCUCGCUGCUCUGGCCUUUGACGCAAGUGGCACUAAGCUUGCGACUGCCUCAGAGAAGGGGACUGUCAUUCGAGUGUUCUCCAUUCCAGAAGGGCAGAAGCUCUUUGAGUUUCGCAGAGGAGUGAAACGGUGUGUGAGCAUCUGCUCGCUGGCCUUCAGCAUGGAGGGGCUCUACCUGUCGGCCUCCAGCAACACAGAGACAGUUCACAUCUUCAAACUGGAGACCCAGAGAGAGAAACCACAGGAGGAGCCGACUACCUGGACGGGCUACUUUGGGAAGGUUCUCAUGGCCUCCACCACAUACCUGCCAGCUCAGGUGACCGAGAUGUUCACCCAAGGCAGGGCCUUUGCUACUGUCAGACUGCCGUUCUCUGGACACAAGAACAUCUGUGCACUUGCUACAAUCCAGAAGAUUCCACGGCUCCUGGUGGCAGCUGCUGAUGGGUACCUGUACCUGUACAACCUGGACCCUCAAGAGGGGGGAGAAUGCACACUAAUGAAGCAGCACAAAUUGGAUGGCAGUGCAGAACCGGCCAAUGAAAUCCUUGAACAGACAACACAUGACCGUCCGCUAGUGGCACAGACCUACAGCGCUGCUGUGGCCAAAGGUUACUCCGGUGAGGACCAGGGGGCUGUGGGCGGCGCUGGCAUGGAGGACGACAUGAACACUCUACACCUGGACGAGGAGAAUGAACAGCCUCCUCUCAUCCUGGAGACUGACUGAGCACACACACACGGGCGAUGCAAAGGAGGGCGAGCGAGCGAGAGAGUGAGUGAUCAAGCAGGCAAGCAUGGGGGCCACAAGAACUUUAUGGGGGGUUUCAGGUGGGGGAAGAGGGAGGGAGGCCUCCUGUGCGGGUGCUGCUGCUAAGGCAUAUGUGACAUGGAGGGAAGAAGGAGGGAUUAAACAGAAAGGGCAUUUUUAAAAAAAGCACGCCUAGCUGUAGCCUCAUUCUGUCUAUUGUUACAUAUAGAUGUUUUUUUCUUUUCCCUUGUGGCUUUUUGAAACAAAAUGACAAAAAAAACAAUGAUCAUCUGGCGGCAUUUUGAAGUAGCCAGAUAUGCAUUUAAUCAUCGAUCGAAAAUGAGAAAUCCACCAAGCUGCAGGUGUUGCGUCCCUUAGCUUUGCAUGUACAUGUGCCAAGUGUAGGAUGUUUUAGGGAAAAAAGAAAAACAAAAAAAUUGCUCUCAUGUCAAUGGUUCUGAACUAUAUGGUAGACUAUUUUGUCUCUGAAGCCUUGUUGAAAAUUUAAAUGUGAUUUUUCUCAUUUUAUAAGCAAAAAAGUGGUCUGUAAAACA